AUGGCCGGAGGCAGCGCAAUGCAGGCGGUGCUGGCGGCCCCCGGUGUGAAGGGCCGGAAGGUGCGCGCGUUCAAGGGCAGCGAGAAGGACGCCGUUGCCGGCGUCGUGCGCUCCAUCGCUGGCACCGAGGAGCAGGGCGCCUUCUUCGUCUUUGACCUCGCCAAGGUCGUCGACCUGUACAGCGGCUGGGGGGACUGGCUCGUGUUCGACGGCAUAGGCGCCUACGCCGCCUCGUCGGGCUCCAACUUCAACGGAUUCUUGAUCUCGGACAUAAAGACGCAUUUGGCCUACUCCACCUAG